AUGUUUAGAGCUGGAAGAAAGCAGCUAUGGAAGCGAAGCAUUGACAGAGUUAUAAAGCAAAAGCUCAAGGAAGAGAGGGAGGCCAAACGUGCCUGGCUGGAUGGCAGACAUGGUUACUUACUGGAUACUGUUGCUUCUUGUGUGAAUCUGGAUAAAGCAGAAGUAGAAGAUGCUAUUCUUGAUGGUAACCAGAUAGAGCACAUUGACAAAUUCCUGGCUCCUGGAGGUCUACGUCAUCUGAUGUUCUACUAUCAAAACAUGGAGACAGCAGAUAAAGAGCACUUCAGCCUUCCAGGCACAGGAAUGAACUCUAACUUGGUAAAGAAGAAAAGACCUAAAGUAUUUGUGGCAGAGGGAAGAGAACUUGCUUUGACUGGCAUUUGUGUUUUCUUCAUUAGAUCUAGUCUUUUCAAACCCAUCACAACUGAGAAUAUCUAUCAGGAAGUGAGUUUUGGUAUGAUGAAUGUAGGUCGAGAUGGCUUACUAAAAAGUGUUGAGCAGCUGAUAUCAGAAGUCUUCAUUCCAGCUUUGCAGACUAUGGACCAUGGCUGGGUUGAAGUUGUUGAACCUGAGCAAGCUUCCAGUAUUAAGCAGGACUUCCUUUGUUCCCUCGAAGCGUUUGUUAGUGUGCUCUCAGGAACUCAGCAAUGUCUUCUGGAAAAGGUCAGUCUGAAGAAAUGUGAAACAUAUGAUCUGAAAACCCUAAAAGGACCUUCAGAUUACCUCAUGGUUGCUAACAGCAUAGAUGCUCUUGAAAGGAUAGAAGUCUGCAUGAAAGGAUGGACCAAACAAAUUGAACAGGUUCUUGCAGAAAAUAACCAGCUGAGAAAGGAAGCUGAUGACCUUGGACCACGAGCAGAGCUUGACUACUGGAAAAAGAGGCUGUCUAAGUUCAACUACCUUACAGACCAGCUGAAGAGCCCAGAUGUGAAGGCAGUGCUUGGAGUACUCACUGCUGCUAAAUCCAAACUGCUAAAGAACUGGCGAGCAUUGGAUAUUUGCAUCACAAAGGCAGCAAAUGAAGCUAAAGAUAAUGUGAAGUAUCUAUAUUGUCUGGAACAGUGUUGUGACUCCUUGUAUAACAGUGAUCCUGUGUCCAUGGUGGAUGCUAUUCCAGGGCUCAUAAAUGUAAUUAAAAUGAUCCAAAACAUCUCUCAAUAUUACAACACAUCUGAGAAGAUAUCCUCGCUGUUUGUGAAGGUGACCAAUCAGAUGAUUGCAUCAUGUAAAUCUUACAUUACCAACAACAACUCCUCCACUAUCUGGAAUCAACAUCAAGAGACAGUUAUGGAAAAGAUACAAGCAGCCAUUAGACUCAAACAGGAGUACCAAAAUUGCUUUCACAAGGUAAAAGAUGAAUUGGAACACAAUCCAGCUGAAAGACAGUUUGAUUUCAGUGAGAUGUAUAUCUUUGGAAAAUUUGAAUCGUUUCAUCGACGUUUGGUGAAGAUAAUCAAUAUUUUCAAGGCUAUGGAAACCUACUCAGUUCUACAGAAGUCUAAUAUAGAGGGAUUGGAAGAAAUGAUCACUAAAUAUGAGAGCAUUGUGGACAUGAUGAAGAAAAAGCAUUACAGUUGCUUGGAUCAACGAAAGACUGACUUUGACCAAGACUAUGAAGAGUUCUGCAAAGAGAUAAAUGAUCUUCAUGAUCAAUUAAAGAUUUUCAUGGAUGUCACCUUGGAAAAUAUUCUGAGCACUGAAAGAGCACUGAGCACAUUGAAGAAAUUUGAAAGAUUACAAAUCCCAAAUCUUGGCAUUGAUGAGAAGUAUCAGAAAAUACUUCAAAACUAUGGUCGUGACAUAGAAAUGGUCUGUAAGAUCUACAGUAAGCAGAAACAGAAUCCUCCCCUGGCUCGUAAUCUGCCUCCAAUAGCUGGCAAGAUCAUGUGGGCACGUCACCUAUUUCACAGGAUCAGGCAGCCCAUGGAGUCUUUCCAGCAGCACCCAGCUGUUCUACAAACACCAGAUGGCAAGCACGUAAUCCGCAACUACAACAGAGUCGCAAGAGUUCUCACCGAGUUUGAGGUGAUCUACUACAGGGGAUGGCUUCAGCAGAUUGAAUUAACCCAAAGAGGACUUCAGGCAUCUCUCUUGGUGAAAGCUCCAGAAACAGGAGAACUAUUCGUGAAUUUCGACCCUGAAAUCUUAACCUUAAUCAGAGAAACAGAUUGCAUGGCUCACAUGUGCCUUGAAAUCCCACCAUUUGCAAGCAUAAUUCAACAGAAAAGAGACUGGUAUAAGAAGAUUGUGGACAAUUUGCAGAUGAUGCUGGCUGAAUAUAAAAGAAUUAAACAGAAAAUCCAACACCCUAUUGAACAACUGAUGGCUCCUUGGUUAGCAAAUGUGGAUGAUGCUAUCCAGCCAGGUCUAAUCAUACUGACCUGGACAUCCUUGAAUAUUGAAAAAUAUAUUAAUACAGUUUUUUAUAAGCUAGCUGAGCUGGAUUUAUUGGUUGAUCGAGUGAAUGACUUGAUUGAAUUUCGCAUUGAUGCUGUCCUUCAAGAAAUGAAUGCAGUGCCACUCUGUGAGUUACCUGAAGAGGAACCACUGGGAUGUGAGGAAUUUCUCCAAAGGACUAAGGAGCUCUGCAUAAAAGGUUCUCAGACCUUACGUUUAAAAAGCUCACUGGUGGAAGAUGCGGCUCAUGAACUGAUUGACAUGUUGCUUGACACUGAAGUACAGCUCAGAAAAGAAGAAGAAGAAAGAAGAUCAAGAAGUUUCAGUUCCCCCUACAAUUCGAGUGAUGUUUGGGCUGAGCUGUCUCCUUCAGCAAAGAGGGAGAGAAGGGAUUUAGAACUGUUAGAAGAGAAGGCCAAUGAACUGCUUUCCUACUUCAAUCAGUGUAAUAGUGAUGCCCUUUUGAAAGUCACUCGAACCGCGCUGGAUUCCAUACGGAAACGCAUCCAUGCAUCUUCCUUCACCAGCUUCUUAGAAAAUCACAAUACUUCUAAGCAGGAAAAAUGGAGUCAUCCUAUAUUUAGGACUAGUAUUAACCUGUCCAUCCCACACAUCAUCAUGGUACCCUCUUUGGAUGAGGUACAACAGACACUUAAUAAAGCUGUGGAUACUAUUGUGAAAGCAACAAAAGGAGUCAGACAGUGGAGCAAGGAGAGAAUAUCCCAGAAGAAAAUGUUGGAGAGAAAAGCUGCUGUGUUGCGGUGUGAGAGUGGAGACAGUGAUUCUGAUGAUGGAAUGAAAGUGACCCAAAAGAAAAACAUCCAUGACAGUGUAUCAGAUACAACAUCACUCAGUUUGUCUGAUUCGAUGCAAAGCCAGAACUACUUCAAGAGUGUUUCAGAGAGCAAAGAAAUUCUUAAGUUAGUAUCUUUACUCAGCACUGCUAUUAAUUCUACCAAGAAGGAAGUUCUUACAGCUUUGGAGAGUUUUAGUUGUUACCACCACAUCUGGCAGAGGGACAAGAAGGAAACUAUUGAUAAACUAAUGGCAGGAAACCCAUUACUCUCUGAAUUUGAAUCUGAAAUCCUGUGUUUCCAAGACUUGGAGCUGAAAAUCAAUUCUGAGCCUGAAUACAUCUGCGUGGGAGCUAUUGCAUUGUACACUGCUGAUCUGAAGCUAGCACUGAGAGCAGAAACCAAAGCUUGGAUGACUUUGCUGGGCUGUCAUUGUAAUAAGAAAUACAGAAAAGAGAUGGAAGCAAUUUUUACUUUUAUAGAGGAAACUGGCAAGAAGUUAAAUUGCUGCAUCAAGGACCUGGAUGAUAUAAGAGUAGCCAUGUCAGCUUUAAAACAGAUCAGAGAACUACAGAUCUCCAUAGACUCUCAAGUUGGGCCCAUAGAGGAAUCCUAUGCUAUGUUAAACAAAUACGAUCUGCUGGUGGCCAAGGAAGAGACUGAGAAGGUGGACAUUUUACACUACACUUGGGAAAAGCUGCUGGUCCGUGCAAAUGAAGUGCAGAAUGAGCUCACUGCUCUGCAGCCAACCUUCAGAGAAGAGCUCAUUAGCACUGUGAAGACUUUUACUGAAGACUGUGCACAGUUCUAUGCAGACUAUGAUCAAAAUGGGCCAAUGGUGAUUGGUUUAGAGCCUCAGGAAGCCAACGGCAGACUUAUUAUGUUUCAGAAUCGAUUUGAUAAUCUCUUCCGAAAAUACAUUACUUGUACUGAUGGGGAAGAUCUUUUUGGUUUGCCUGUUACUCAGUAUCCUCAGCUGCUUGAAAUAAAGAAGCAGCUGAAUCUGUUACAGAAACUCUAUAACCUCUACAACAAUGUCAUUGACACAAUCAAUGGCUACUACGAUAUCCUUUGGUCAGAAAUAGACGUUGGAAAAAUCAGUAGUGAACUUGUGGAGUUUCAGAACAGAUGCCGUCAGCUUCCUCGUGGUGUAAAGCAAUGGCAGGCCUUUUUUGACCUAAAGAAGACCAUUGAGGACUUCAGUGAAUGUUGCCCAUUGCUUGAGCAUAUGUCAAGUCAAGCAAUGAUGCCUCGACACUGGAAGCGGAUUACAGAGCUCACUGAACACAGCUUCGAUGUGGAAAGUGAAACAUUCAAACUGAGGAGUAUCAUGGAAGCUCCACUGUUAAGAUACAAAGAUGAAAUAGAGGAUAUCUGCAUAAGUGCAGUGAAGGAAAGAGACAUUGAGCAGAAGUUAAAACGAGUGAUAGCUGAAUGGGACAACAAAACAUUUAUCUUCACUAACUUUAAAACACGUGGAGAGCUUCUUUUAAGAGGUGACAGCAUAUCAGAAACAAUUGCUACCAUGGAGGACAGCUUGAUGGUUCUUGGCUCUCUCAUGAACAACAGAUACAACACACCCUUCAAGACACAGAUUCAGAAAUGGGUACACAGUCUCUCCAACACAAUGGAUAUCAUUGAGAACUGGAUGACCGUGCAGAAUCUGUGGAUUUAUUUAGAAGCUGUUUUUGUUGGCGGUGACAUAGCAAAGCAGCUUCCAAAGGAAGCAAAGCGUUUCUCUAACAUUGAUAAAUCCUGGGUGAGGAUCAUGACCCGAGCUCAUGAAACAUCUAAUGUUGUUCAGUGCUGCAUUGGAGAUGAAAUCAUGGGACAGUUACUACCACAUUUACUAGAACAACUUGAAAUCUGUCAGAAAUCACUCACAGGGUACCUGGAAAAAAAACGCCUCCUAUUCCCACGAUUCUUCUUUGUGUCAGAUCCUGCCCUCUUAGAAAUUCUUGGCCAGGCAUCAGAUUCUCACAACAUAAAGGCACAUCUGCUGAAUGUUUUUGACAACAUUAAAACUGUAAAGUUCCAUGAAAGGAUAUAUGAUUGCAUACUCUCAAUUAGUUCACGAGAAGGUGAGACUGUAAAUCUGACAAGACCUGUGAUGGCUGAAGGGAAUGUGGAAGUUUGGCUGAAUUCUCUGCUGAAGGAAUCCCAGCUGUCACUGCAUCAUGUUAUUCGCCAGGCAGCUGCACACAUCCAGGAAACCGGUUUCCAGCUGACUGAAUUUCUUUCUGCUUACCCAGCCCAGGUUGGGCUGCUGGGGAUCCAAAUGAUUUGGACAAGAGACUCGGAAGAAGCUUUGACUAAUGCCAGAUACGACAGAAAAAUCAUGCGCAAGACAAACCAGUUUUUCCUGGAUCUUCUAAACGUGCUGAUAGAUAUGACAACAAAGGACCUUACCUCAGUUGAGCGAGUUAAAUAUGAGACAUUAAUCACUAUUCAUGUGCAUCAGAGAGACAUUUUCGAUGGUCUGUGUUGUAUGCAUAUCAAGAGCCCCACAGACUUUGAGUGGCUGAAACAGUGUCGGUUUUAUUUUAAUGAAGACUCCGAUAAGCUGAUGAUUAAGAUCACUGAUGUGGGUUUCACAUACCAGAAUGAAUUCUUGGGCUGUACUGACAGGCUUGUCAUAACACCUCUUACAGACAGAUGUUACAUCACUUUGGCUCAAGCUUUAGGCAUGAACCUCGGUGGAGCACCUGUGGGACCUGCAGGAACUGGAAAAACUGAAACCAUCAAAGACAUGGGACGGUGCCUUGGAAAAUAUGUAGUGGUCUUCAAUUGUUCAGACCAGAUGGACUUUCGAGGACUUGGGAGGAUUUUCAAAGGUCUUGCUCAGUCUGGCUCCUGGGGGUGCUUUGAUGAAUUCAAUCGUAUUGAUUUGCCGGUACUCUCAGUGGCUGCACAGCAAAUUGCUAUUGUGUUGACAUGUAAGAAGGAACACAAAAAAAGCUUUGUUUUUACUGAUGGAGAUAAUGUGGAAAUGAAUCCAGAAUUUGGCAUCUUUCUUACUAUGAAUCCAGGCUAUGCAGGACGACAAGAACUGCCUGAAAACUUGAAGAUCAACUUCCGCUCAGUGGCGAUGAUGGUUCCCGACCGUCAGAUUAUCAUUCGUGUCAAACUGGCCAGUUGUGGCUUCGUCGCCAACGUGGUACUGGCAAGGAAGUUCUUUACACUGUACAAGCUGUGUGAAGAACAACUGUCAAAGCAGGUGCAUUAUGAUUUUGGCCUGCGGAAUAUAUUGUCUGUGCUACGUACACUGGGGGCAGCAAAAAGAGCAAAUCCCACAGACACUGAAUCUACCAUUGUCAUGCGUGUGCUGAGAGACAUGAACCUGUCCAAACUGAUUGAUGAAGAUGAACCCUUAUUCCUGAGCCUAAUUGAAGAUCUGUUUCCAAGUAUCCAGCUUGAUAAAGUAGGCUAUCCCGAACUGGAAGCUGCCAUUGAGAAACAGGUGGAGGAAGCUGGACUUGUUUGUCACCCUCCUUGGAAACUGAAAGUUAUCCAACUUUUUGAAACUCAAAGAGUAAGGCAUGGAUUGAUGACACUAGGACCUAGUGGUACGGGAAAAACUGUUUGCAUCCACACUUUAAUGAAAGCCAUGACAGAUUGUGGACAGCCCCACCGUGAAAUGAGAAUGAAUCCUAAAGCUAUUACGGCUUCGCAAAUGUUUGGUCAUCUCGAUGUGGCAACAAAUGAUUGGACAGAUGGAAUAUUUUCAGCACUCUGGAGAAAAACUUUAAGAGCCAAAAAAGGUGACCAUAUCUGGAUAGUUCUUGAUGGUCCUGUUGAUGCUAUUUGGAUUGAGAACCUUAACUCUGUCCUGGAUGAUAACAGAACUCUAACACUAGCAAAUGGAGACCGGAUACCCAUGGCACCAAACUGCAAAAUAGUCUUUGAACCUCAUAAUAUUGAUAAUGCUUCUCCAGCAACAGUUUCAAGAAACGGGAUGGUAUUCAUGAGCUCAUCAGUUCUCAGCUGGAGCCCUAUCCUUGAGGGAUUUUUGAAAGGAUGCUCCUCCCAAGAGGCUGAAAUUCUACGGCAGCUCUAUUCAUCAUCAUUCCCAGAUUUAUACUGCCUCAGUGUUCAGUCUCUGCAAUGCAAGACCGAGAUGUUAGAAGCCUUUGUGAUUAUGCAGAGCAUUAAUGUGCUGCAGGGCCUUAUCCCACCUAAGGAGCAAGGAGGCGAAUUGACUCCAAAACACUUGGAAAGACUGUACAUCUUCUCUCUUAUGUGGAGUGUGGGAGCAUUACUAGAGCUGGAAGACAGAUGCAAAAUGGAGCACUGGCUUCGAAACCAUGCCACAAUAAAGCUUGAUCUUCCCUCUAUCCCAGAAGGCAGUGAGGAUACCAUGUUUGAUUAUUAUGUGGCAUCUGACGGUAACUGGGUACACUGGAAUACACGUGUUGAAGAGUAUGUAUAUCCGAGUAGCAGGACUCCAGAGUAUGGCUCCAUUUUUGUGCCUAAUGCUGACAAUAUGAGGAUGGAUUUCCUUAUUGAAACUAUUGCAAAACAGGGCAAGGCUGUCCUACUAAUUGGUGAGCAAGGAACUGCAAAGACAGUUAUCAUCAAAGCUUUUAUGUCAAAAUAUAACCCUGAAAGCCACAUGGCUAAGAGUUUCAAUUUCUCAUCUGCAACUACCCCAUUAAUUUUCCAGCGCACAAUAGAAAGUUACGUGGAGAAGCGCAUGGGCACAACUUAUGGUCCACCUGCUGGCAAAAAGAUGACAGUCUUCAUUGAUGAUGUGAAUAUGCCCAUAAUAAAUGAAUGGGGAGAUCAGGUCACUAAUGAAAUAGUUAGGCAGCUGAUGGAACAAAGAGGAUUGUAUAACCUGGAAAAGCCUGGUGAAUUUACAAACAUUGUGGACCUUCAGUUUUUGGCUGCCAUGAUCCACCCUGGGGGAGGUCGCAAUGAUAUUCCACAGAGACUCAAGAGGCAUUUCUCUGUGUUCAACUGCACUCUGCCUUCUAAUUCUUCCAUUGACAAAAUUUUUGGUGUAAUUGGAGAAGGGCACUACUGUAGCGAGCGGGGGUUUUCAGAAGAUGUGAAGAAAACUGUAGCCAAAUUGGUUCCACUGACACGCAGGCUGUGGCAGGCUACCAAGAUAAAAAUGUUGCCCACACCAGCCAAGUUCCAUUACAUCUUCAACCUUCGAGACCUCUCAAGGAUUUGGCAGGGGAUGCUGAACGCUACGUCGGAAGUGAUCAGCGAAACAAAGAUGCUGCUGAAACUGUGGAAGCAUGAGUGUAAGCGUGUUAUUGCUGACCGUUUCACAACCUCAGAAGAUACAAAGUGGUUUGAUGUAACCGCGGCGAAACUCAUUGCAGAGGAACUUGGAGAAACAAAAGCUUUGCUGGGUGCUGAACCAGAUGCAUUCUUUGUUGACUUCUUAAGGGAUGCACCUGAAAAAAGUGGUGAAAAAACAGAAGAUGUUAAUUUAGAUAUUCCCAAAGUCUAUGAGCCAAUUUACUCCUUUCGUCAACUACGGAAUCGUUUAAACAUGUUUUUACAAGCAUACAAUGAGAAUGUUCAUGGUACUGGAAUGGACUUGGUUUUCUUUGAAGAUGCUAUGAUUCACUUAGUCAAGAUUUCUCGGGUGAUUCGCACACCUCGCGGAAACGCUCUUUUAGUUGGAAUCGGUGGCUCAGGAAAGCAGAGCUUGACAAGACUGACAUCUUUUAUAGCUGGCUAUGAUACAUUCCAGAUAAUGUUAACAAGAUCAUACAACACUUUAAACUUGAUGGAAGAUCUGAAACUCUUGUACAGAACAGCAGGACUGCAAGGCAAAGGCAUCUGCUUCCUUCUUACAGACAAUGAGAUCAAAGAUGAGUCUUUCUUGGAAUAUCUGAACAAUGUUUUAUCAUCAGGAGAGGUGUCGAACUUAUUUGCACGUGAUGAAGUAGAAGAGAUCAUUAGUGACCUCAUACCCACGUUCAAGAAGGAAUAUCCACGUAGAUCUCCAACCAGUGAGGUUCUGUAUGACUACUUCAUGACUAGGGUCCAUCAGAACCUUCAUGUGGUUCUUUGCUUUUCACCAGUGGGUGAAAAAUUCCGAAACAGGGCCCUGAAAUUCCCUGCUCUUGUUUCUGGGUGCACUAUAGAUUGGUUCAGCCGGUGGCCUAAGGAUGCUCUGGUGGCAGUAUCUGAACAUUUCCUGUCCUCAUUUGAUAUGGACUGCACUGCUGAUAUAAAGAGGGAAAUUGUGCAAUGUAUGGGCUCAUUCCAGGAUGGAGUAGCAGAGAAAUGUUCUGAUUACUUUAAAAGAUACAGACGUUCUACACACGUGACUCCCAAAUCCUACCUGUCCUUUAUUCAGGGAUAUAAAACCACAUACAGAGAAAAGCAUGCUGAGCUGCAGACAUUAGCAAACAGAAUGAAUACUGGACUGGAAAAGCUGAAAGAGGCUUCAGAGUCAGUGGCUGCUCUAAGCAGAGAGCUGGAGGUAAAAGAAAAGGAACUUCAAAUUGCCAAUGAAAAAUCUGACAUGGUGUUGAAAGAAGUUACUGUAAAAGCACAGGCUGCUGAGAAGGUGAAGAGUGAAGUUCAGAAAGUGAAAGACAAAGCUCAAGCUAUUGUAGACAGUAUUUCAGCUGACAAAGCCAUUGCUGAAGAGAAGUUGGAAGCUGCAAAACCUGCUUUGGAGGAGGCAGAAGCAGCCUUACAGACAAUAAAACCUGCAGAUAUUGCCACUGUCCGCACACUGGGUCGACCUCCUCACCUCAUUAUGCGCAUCAUGGACUGUGUGUUACUGCUCUUCCAGAGAAAAGUCAAUAAUGUGAAAAUUGAUCAAGAAAAGUGCUGUACUGUCCCAUCCUGGCAAGAGUCUUUGAAACUGAUGACAACAGGGAACUUCCUACAGAACCUACAGCAAUUUCCAAAGGACACAAUUAAUGAAGAAGUGGUAGAACUUUUGAGCCCUUAUUUUGAAAAGGUGGACUACAACAUUGAAACAGCUAGGAGAGUAUGUGGGAAUGUGGCUGGCCUGUGCUCGUGGACCAAAGCUAUGGCUGUAUUCUUUUCCAUAAACAAAGAAGUAUUACCUUUGAAGGCUAAUCUAGCAAUCCAGGAGAAUCGCCUGAGCGCUGCUAUGCUGGAUCUGCAGAAAGCUGAAGAAGAGCUGAGUGCCAAGCAAGAAGAAUUAGAUAUUGUGCAGGCAGACUAUGAAAGUGCAAUGAGAGAAAAACAGACUUUGCUUGAUGAUGCUGAGCGUUGCCGUCAUAAAAUGCAAACUGCCUCAAGUCUUAUAUGUGGCUUAGCAGGCGAAAAAGAAAGGUGGACAGAGCAAAGUAAAGAAUUUGCUGUGCAAACCAAGAGGCUAGUGGGUGAUGUACUCUUGGCUACAGCUUUUGUGUCCUAUUCUGGUCCUUUUAACCAAGAGUUCCGCAACCUGCUAUUAAAUGACUGGCAAAAGGAAAUGAGAAGACGAAAAAUCCCCUUGGGUAACAACGUGAACCCCAUAGAAAUGUUGACUGAUGUUCCAACUAUCAGUGAAUGGAACCUGCAUGGAUUACCAAAUGAUGAUUUAUCAAUACAAAAUGGAAUUAUUGUGACUAAAGCAUCUCGUUAUCCCUUAUUAAUUGAUCCACAAGCACAGGGUAAAAUUUGGAUUAAAAACAAAGAAGGCAAAAAUGAACUUCAGAUCACUUCAUUGAAUCACAAAUAUUUUAGAAAUCAUUUGGAGGACAGCCUUUCUUUAGGACGACCUCUUUUGAUAGAAGAUGUUGGAGAAGAGCUUGAUCCAGCACUUGAUAACGUUUUGGAAAGAAAUUUCAUUAAAGCAGGUUCAGCCAACAAGGUGAAGGUUGGUGAUAAAGAAGUAGAUGUUAUGAGUGGCUUCAGACUUUACAUUACUACAAAACUGCCAAAUCCAAGUUACUCCCCUGAAAUUAGUGCUCAAACCUCCAUCGUUGACUUUACUGUGACCAUGAAAGGUCUUGAAAAUCAACUCUUGGGCAGAGUCAUUCUCACAGAGAAAGAGGAACUGGAGAGAGAAAGAACAAAUCUCAUUGAAGAUGUGGCUAUGAAUAAAAGGAGGAUUAAAGACUUAGAAGAUAACCUCUUGUUCCGACUUACAAGCACUAAGGGUUCUCUAGUAGAUGACGAGAGUCUCACAACUGUACUGAGUAACACUAAGAAGGCUGCUGAAGAAGUAACACAGAAACUGAAAAUUUCUGCAGAAACUGAAGUACAGAUUAACUCAGCCUGUGAAGAGUACAGACCUGUGGCAACUCGAGGCAGCAUCUUGUACUUCCUCAUCACUGAGAUGAGCAUGGUCAAUGUGAUGUACCAGACUUCACUUGGGCAGUUUUUGGGGCUUUUUGACCGCUCUGUAGCCAGAGCUACCAAGAGCCCUGUAACUAGCAAGAGGAUUACUAAUAUUAUUGAACAUAUGACCUAUGAAGUCUUCAAAUAUACCACUCGAGGACUCUAUGAGGAACACAAAUUUCUGUUCACAUUAUUGCUUACACUGAAGAUUGAUAUUCACAGAAACAGAGUGGAACAUGAAGAAUUUCUGAUGCUUAUUAAAGGUGGUGCUUCCCUAGACCUUAAAGCCUGUCCUCCUAAGCCAGCUAAAUGGAUCCUGGAUAUGACUUGGUUGAACUUGGUGGAACUCAGUAAGCUUAAACAGUUUUCAGAUAUUCUUGACCAAAUUUCUGGAGCAGAGAAACAGUGGAAAAUCUGGUUUGAUAGUGAGAACCCUGAAGAAGAAAUGUUUCCUAGUGGCUAUGGUCAAUCCCUGGACUCCUUCAGACAGCUUCUUCUUAUCAGAUCUUGGUGCCCUGACAGGACCAUGGCUCAGGCAAGAAAAUACAUCACUGACACUAUGGGGGAGAGAUAUGCGGAGGGAGUCAUCUUAGACUUGGAGAAGACAUGGGAGGAGUCAGAUCCACGUACUCCUCUCAUAUGCUUUCUUUCCAUGGGCUCUGAUCCUAUGGACUCAAUUAUUGCUUUGGGAAGAAGACUGAAGACAGAGACACAUUGUAUUUCCAUGGGCCAGGGGCAAGAAAUCCACGCUCGCAAACUUUUACAGCAGACGAUGGCUCAUGGAGGUUGGGCACUCCUGCAGAACUGCCACCUUGGACUUGACUUUUUGGAUGAGUUGAUUGACAGGGUAAUAGAGACAGAGGCUGUUCAUGAAAACUUCCGACUGUGGAUGACAACUGACGUUCACAAGCAGUUCCCUAUCACCCUUCUUCAAAUGUCUAUUAAGUUCACCUAUGAAACACCUCAAGGUCUCAGAGCUGGACUAAAGAGAACAUACAGUGGUGUCAGUCAGGACUUACUGGAUGUCAGUGACAUGGUACAGUGGAAACCAAUGUUGUAUGCUGUAGCCUUUCUACACUCCACCGUUCAAGAAAGACGCAAGUUUGGAUCUCUGGGUUGGAAUAUACCCUAUGAGUUCAAUCAAGCUGAUUUCAAUGCUGCUGUACAAUUCAUUCAAAACUACUUGGAUGGCAUGGAUGUCAAGAAGGGUGUCUCCUGGAGCACUGUUUGUUACAUGAUAGGUGAGAUCCAGUAUGGUGGCCGUGUGACAGAUGACUAUGACAAAAGACUCAUGAACACCUUUGUAAAAGUUUUGUUCAGUGAAAAUAUUCUCAGUCAAGAAUUCAGCUUCUACAAAGGAUACAGCAUACCCAAAUGCACUACAGUGGAUCAAUACCUUCAGUACAUACAGAGUCUUCCUGCUUACGACACACCGGAGGUGUUUGGUUUGCAUCCCAAUGCAGAUAUCACUUACCAAAGUAAACUUUCCAAAGAUGUACUAGACAUCAUUCUCAGUAUUCAGCCUAAAGAUAGUUCUGAUGGAGGAGGUGAAACCCGAGAGGCAGUUGUAGCCAGGUUGGCUGAUGAUAUGCUGCAAAAGCUUCCUGCUGAUUAUGUGCCAUUUGAAGUAAAAGGGAAACUGAGGAGCAUGGGAUCUUUCCAGCCUAUGAACAUAUUUUUGCGACAGGAAAUUGAACAAAUGCAGAGAGUUAUUUCCUUAGUGAGAAGCACUCUGACCGAUCUAAAACUUGCCACUGAUGGGACAAUUGUUAUGAGUGAAAACCUGAGGGAUGCCUUAGACUGCAUGUAUGAUGGAAGGAUUCCUGCCAGAUGGAAAAAAGCAUCUUGGGCUUCCAGUACACUUGGUUUCUGGUUUACUGAGCUUCUAGAAAGAAACUACCAGCUUUACAAUUGGAUUUUUGAGAGCAGACCAAACUGCUUCUGGAUGUCAGGUUUUUUUAAUCCUCAAGGAUUUUUAACUGCAAUGAGACAGGAAAUAACAAGGGUUAACCAUGGAUGGGCUCUUGACAGUGUAGUGCUGUGCAGUGAGGUCACUAAGUGGAUGAAGGAUGAUAUCACAAGUCCUCCUUUGGAAGGUGUGUACGUGUAUGGACUGUACUUAGAAGGAGCUGGCUGGGACCGAAGAAACAUGAGACUGACUGAAUCUAAACCCAAGGUGCUCUUUGAGAUGAUGCCUGUUAUAAGGAUAUAUGCAGAGAAUAAUACUUCAAAAGAUCCACGUCUGUAUUCAUGUCCAAUCUACAAAAAGACAAUCCGAACUGAUGGGAAUUUUAUCGCUGCUGUGGAUCUCAAAACCCUUCAGCCUCCAGAGCACUGGGUUCUGCGUGGGGUGGCACUUCUCUGUGAUGUCAAAUAGCCUUAAGCAAAUGUUUGCUAAGCAUUAUUUUCUGGUUUUAAAUAUAACCAUUAAUAUGGAAUCAGCUAUACAGAGCCUGACUCUUAAAAAUGUCUUUUCUAAUACAUAGAUUCAAUUAUGGUAUUAAAAAAAAUAACGUUCUUGAUUGUCAACUUUACAGUAGUAUUAACACUUAGGGGGAUUUACUUAGGGUAAAAUGAAGUGUACUACUUUUGAUGUCCUGACAAAUCAUGACAAAGAUUUAGCGUUCCUGUCUUACUGUUGUGUACUUAAUUUUACCUUGAAUAAAGAUUUACUUGAAUGUU